AUGAUAUCGCAAAAGCCUGGCAAGUUACCAGUGAGGCGCUUCCCUGGACAAUUGGCCCAACUACCAAGCCUCAUUGGGACGAAACGGGGCAGAGCAGGUCGGCCGAUGUAUGCUUCUGAACGACAAUGUAAAAGCUCUGGAUGCCACCAAGUUAUUUCCCUUCGAUCGAGGAGCGAACAUUGCUCAAGCUAUGACGGCGAUGACGGUGAUGGAACCACUAGCGCCGACGAGAAUAUUGCAGCUCAACACAACAGCCUUCUCGGAAAUCAAUUGUCUCCAGCACAGGCAACAGAUUUGCAACAGCUUUUGAGAGAAAGGUUCCGCUGUUGGAGUGAUGGGACAGAAUAUGCUGCGCCACCAGAGGACAGAUUGCCUCCAAGAAAGCGGUUCAAGGCAUUGCGGUGGGAAUCAGGUCUUUCACGAGCCGAGGAAGAGGAGGAUAGCGAAGAAGAAUUCGUUGCGGUCUCUCACCCAGAAUGCAAAACGGCUUUCCUUCACCUUGCUUGCCCUUUCUUCAUCAAUGCGCCAGAGAAAUACCAGCAAUGUCUUUUCAAAGAUGAUUUCGACUCCAUCGAGACAUUGAUCAAACAUCUCUUACGGCAUCAUAAUAGGCCUCUAUAUUGUCCUACGUGCCGCAAGACCUUCAGAACACUCAUUGACCGAGACGAUCACGCCUUGGAGAACGCUUGCAAAAGGAACACCAAAGAGCAGUUGGACGGGCUCACUGAAAGUCAAAAAGCCAAAUUGAUCAAGAGGGAUCGGUAUUAUCUAGGCGAGGCAACUCGUUGGCGUUGCAUUUGGUCCACAGUCUUCCCGGACUCGGAGCAGCCUCAAUCCCCGUACCUAGACGAUGGUAAUGGGCUGAGCGCUUCUAUGGUCAGGGAUUUCUGGACUGCCGACGGCCAAGGGGUCGUCUCUGACUUUCUCGCGGGCAAGGACAUACCUACUGAUGAGAACAAGGCAACAUAUAAUGCGAUUUGCCACACUGCAUUAGCGACCUUGAUGGAAUGGGUUUUCAAACAGGAUAGCAGGUCAACUUCUCCGACCUCUGAUGGAUAA